GUAGUUGAAGAUUUAGUGAACUUGCAAUUGAAUCCUAAUUAUGAGCCAAUUUCGCAAGUUCUGCCCCCAAGACAUCGACAAGCUAGAUCUCCUUUAACCCCUACCCUAGAAACUCCAUUAUCCCCUAAUCAGACGACCUCGACGACGAGUACGUUAACCCCCGCUGAACAAGGACGUGCCAAUAAUGAAUUGGCAGCUAACUUCUUCAGUUUAUUUUUUUGA